GGCAGUGUGUAGCAUGCCAGCUUCGAAACACAAGGCAACAGCAACACAGUGAGGAUCCUCUCCACCACACAGCAGCAUGCCACUACUUUAGGACUUGUUGCUUCUUUUUUCUACUCAUUACUUUGUGGUCUUGUACAGAUCCACGUCAGUGGUUUUACCAUGGAGUUGGGGAAAGUUCAUCUGAAUUUAAAGACAGUACUGCUGACGAUGAUGAUGUUCAAAUGGGGAAUCCUCUGCACAGCCACUUCAGACAAAUGUUUGUCUGCACCCUGCCAGAAUGAAGCUACCUGUGUGGACACCAUGGAUGAUUAUGCAUGUAUCUGUGCCAGGGAGGGGAUUCGAUACAUGGGAAAAAACUGUGACAAACUCUAUGAUGCCUGCUCCUUUGCUCCAUGUGAUGACUGCACCAGCACCCCUGGCAGCACAGAGUACCACUGCAUCUGCCCAGAUGGACUAACAGGUGAUAACUGCACAGAGGAGGUAGACGAGUGUCUGAGCAACCCAUGCUCCGAACCUCGCUCUUUGUGUGUUGACCAGCAAAACGGAUACUUCUGCAGAUGUCCUGCUGGGUAUGGAGGUUGGGACUGCAGGACACAUGUGACUGACUGCAUUGAUGAACCCUGCAGGAACAAUGGGACUUGUGUUUUACGACCAGAGGGCUUUGAAUGCAGCUGUGCACCAGGUUUCGAGGGGAAGACCUGUGAGGAAGACGUGAAUGAGUGCUUAUCGAAACCCUGUCAGAAUGGAGCUAUCUGUAUAGAUGGAGUCGCAGAGUUCCACUGCUUCUGUGUGCCUGGUUUUCAGGGUUAUAACUGUGAAAUCGACAUUAAUGAGUGUGCUUCACGACCCUGUGAGAACAAUGCCACUUGCAUCAAUGAGAAGGACCACUAUGAGUGUGAGUGCCUGGUGGGCUUUGCAGGAGUCAACUGUGAAAUUGAAAUAGAUGAGUGUGAGUCCAGCCCCUGUCACAACGGAGCCACCUGCCAAGACCUGAUCGGCAUGUACUCCUGUGUGUGUCUGCCUGGGUUUCACGGCAUCGACUGUGAGGUUGAUGUUGAUGAGUGUGCCAGUGAGCCCUGUCAGAAUGGAGGUGUCUGCCAUGACAUGGUGAACAGCUAUGAAUGCGACUGCAGUGAAACGGGAUUCCAGGGUGACUACUGUGAAAUCGACAUCCCUGAGUGUGCUUCUGAUCCCUGUCAGCAUGGUGCCUCAUGCUUAGAGGGAGUCAAAGGAUACAGUUGUCUCUGCUGGCCAGGUUAUGAAGGACCAAACUGUGAAAUUGAUAAAGAUGAGUGUGCCGAGCAACCCUGUGAGAAUGGUGGGGAGUGUUUUGAGCGUUCAGAUCCGUCUCACUGGGAGCUGGACUGGGAGCUCAGCUUUGCAGAUGCAGCCGGAUAUAUCUGCCAGUGUCAGCCAGGGUUUGCAGGAGAGAACUGCUCUGUCAAUAUUAAUGAAUGUGAGUCUGAACCAUGCCAGAAUGGAGGCACUUGUGAGGAUAAGAUCAGCAGCUACACCUGUACAUGCUCAGUUGGAUUUCUAGGUGAGCUAUGUGAAGUGAACAUCGAUGAAUGUGAGAGUCAGCCCUGUCAGAAUGGUGGCUGGUGUGAAGACGGCAGGGCAUCCUACACCUGCCACUGUCCUGAGGUGGAGCCAGGUGAACUUCCUUGGGGAGGUGAUCGCUGUGAUGUGAAGCUCUACGGCUGUGUGGAUCAUGAAUGCCAGAAUGGAGCCACCUGCCACCCGUGGCUAGAGGAUGGAGAACACGGUCACACAUGCUUGUGCCCUCAUGGCUUCUAUGACGAGCAGUGCUCCACGAGAACAACAUUCUCCUUCUCCACUCCUGGAUUCAUUCACAUCCAAGUUCUUCUGGAAGAAAGGACCCGGAGGGAAGUUGAGCACCCUGUGCACCACGGUUUUGGGGUACAGCUACGCUUCCGGACAACUUUACCCAAUAUGUUGCUCUUCUACAGAGGGGAUGUGGACAAUAACCUCAUCUUGGAGAUUGUGAACGGUGGUCUUCAUGCAAAAGCCUUUUCUGAGGAGUCUGAACUGGAUGUAACAUUUCCGGGUUUGGUUAGUGAUGGAGACUGGCGGGAUGCACAUGUGUUUGUAAAUAAUGAAGGCCUGGUUUUGAUUCUGAAAGGCCCUGGCUGUGACAGGGAUGGAUGCAGAGUUACAGAUGGUGGUGCUGAUGAACCACCUUUCCAGUCCACUGAAGCCUUCACUCAGGUUUAUGUAGGUGGAGCACCAGAAGAACUUUUAGAGUACUCUUUAAGUGGUGCAGGCUUCACUGGAUGUAUGGAAGACCUGAUGAUCGACUCUAAGCUGAUCCUACCACAAACACUUCCAGAGGAUCAAGGCCAUGGGCUGGGAUGCAGUAAGACUGAAUGGUGUAAUCCUGGCCCCUGCCAUGGACACGGACGCUGUGUGGACCUGUGGACCAGCUAUCAGUGUGACUGCUACCGUCCCUUUCACAGUGAGAGCUGCUCUGAAGAAUACCCUUCAUGGACAUACAGCCAUGAGGACACAAUGAGUUUCAGCACAUAUGAUGUAGGUAAGAGCUACGGGAGCAACUUCAACGUGUCCUUCUUCCUGAGGUCAUUGAAGCCAGACGGACUGCUGUUCCAGCUGAGGAGACCCACAAAGGAAGAGGGAGGAGAGGUCUACUUCUCCAUCUACCUGGGGAUGGGGAGGGUAUUUGUCAGCUCUCUGACCAACAGUGCCCCAUUGACAGCUCCCAUAUUUGUCACUACUGGCGAGAAGCAGCUUCUACAGGUGGAAGUCAAACACAGACAGGUGACCUUUGAGCAUGCAGGCCUUCGUUAUGGAAUAGGAGAGAUCCCUGAGGUGAAUAUUUACAGCGGGGAUCAGGCCUUUGUAGGAGGACUUCCAGGAGACUGGGACUCUGACGUGUGGGGAGGGCAUUACAAAGGUUGCCUGCAGGACCUCCGUUUGGACUCAGUUCAUCUAGAUGUGGAUGCCUGGAAAAGCUCGGAUGAGGAAGAAGUGUAUUUACCAAAUGAUGCUGAAAAUGUAAAAAAUGGCUGCAUCAGUGAUGAUACUUGCAAGAUGAAGCCUUGUCAAAAUGGAGGGGAAUGCACCAUCACAUUCAACGAUUUUACAUGUUCCUGUCCAGAGGAAUACACCGGAAAGACCUGUGAAACACGUGUGUGGUGUGUUAGUGAUCCUUGUGUCAAUGGCGGCCAUUGUGUGGACCUUCAUAACGGAUAUGAAUGUGUCUACAAUGCCACGUUUGAGAACAACCCUGUGCACUACAGUGCUGGAGGCUCCCUGGCUGAACCUGUUUCUGACAUAUACAUGGAGAUGCGCACUCAUUCAGAGAACGCUGUGCUCCUGAGGGCCUCUUGGGGCUCUGACCUGCUGAUGGUAGGGCUGCUGGACUCUUCAGUGCGAGUGGAGAUCCACAUUGGCCACAGUGUCGAGACACUGACCUUUACAGGUGUUCGUCGAGUGGCUGACGGGAACUGGCACCGUGUCAACAUCUCAAUGGCUGAGAAGAAGCGCAAAGCCUCUCCCUGGGUCAUCACUGUGGAUGGGAUCACAGACGCCAGCAGCAUGCCGGAGCGUACAGGAAGCCUUCGCUUUCUCAAUGAAAAAGGAGCCAUGUUGGCUAUCGCAGAGAGCUUUACUGGCUGCUUGGGUGCAGUGAGGGUUGGCAAAGUCUACCUCCCUUUUGUGGAUGACUAUAAAGCCCCGCAGCCAUCUCAGUUCCACUUAGUUGGAAAACCAAAGAUUCAUCUGGGUUGUAGCAGCGCCCCUGUUUGUGAAUCAGAUCCUUGUCUAAAUGGAGCCACUUGUGAAGACAUCUUUAAUAAAUUCCUCUGUGUCUGUGACCUAGGUUGGGAUGGGGAACUGUGUGAGAUAGACACUGAUGACUGUUCAUCUCAGCCCUGUGUUCAUGGAAGCUGUAAGGACUACUUAGCUGGUUUUGAGUGUCGUUGCCACCUUGGAUAUGCUGGCACACUCUGUGAUGAGGAUCUAGAUGAGUGUGAGCAUCAUGCUUGUGAACAUGGAGGCACCUGUCAGGAUGGACCCAACAUGUACACCUGUAUUUGCCCCAAGGGUUACAGUGGCCCUCUCUGUCAGUGGGACUAUCCUCCAAUACAGUGUGGUGAGGAUGUCCAGUGUGAAAAUGAUGGUGUCUGCAAUGAUGGGCUGUGGGGAGCUAACUGUACAUGUGUGCCAGGAUUUACAGGUAGCAGGUGUGAAUCGGAGAUUGAUGAGUGUCAGUCAAACCCCUGUCGAAACGGUGGUUCCUGUUUAGAUCGAUUCAACAUGUUUGUGUGUGAAUGUCCACCUGGCUACAGCGGUCCAAUCUGUGACACUAAUAAACAAGCCCAUAAACAAGGAAUCCCCUGGCUGGUGGUAGCCAUCCCGCUCCUCUGCUUCUGCGUGUUGAUACUGAUCAUCGGCUUGACCUUCAUGGUGCUCACGGCGAGGAAGAAGCGCCAGUCAGAGGGUGCAUACAGCCCAAGCACUCAGGAGGUGGCUGGAGCUCGGCUGGAGAUGGACAGCAUGCUCAAAGUCCCACCAGAGGAGAGACUCAUCUGACACAAAGGCUGAGGACAGAUGGGUGUUCGAGGUGAUCUGAGCACCACAGGCAGGUACACACUGUAAGACUCAAAGACCCUUUGAACACCUGGGCUGAACUCAGUGGCAUAUGUUGUAGGAAGCCCCCUCCUGGUGGUGACCAGGUACUGACCCAGUGCUACUGCUCUGUACGUUACUUCAUUUCAUAAAAUGUGUUCACCAUCUAGGUGCUGCGUUUCUGACAAAGGAUAUCUGAGGAACAAGCCCCAUGUCCCUGUGUUGUAUAACUCUAUACAUUGUAGUUUGUCUAUGGCAGAGCCUUAACCAAUUUAAAAGUAACUCUAGUACAUAGAGGACAACUAAAGGGCUCUCUUUCCAGAAUCAUGGCAUUAUGACAGCUGACCACCACAAGCACAAAAACUAUGGAAAAUGGCCUCUGCUGUUUGAAUAGUCAAAGGACCACGGCACAGCUGUGCUGCUGGAGACUGGGUUGCAUUAGUUGGAAAGCAGUCCAGCCAAUACACAGGGCUGUUAGGCUGCAGUUGCUGUAUUGACCACUACGUACUGGCUCUAAAACUUUAUUGGAGUGAUCACAAUAUGUAAUUUUUCCAGUUUUACUAGUAAUGUGGGCCUUGGUGAUGAUUUAAUUUGUGCACAAAAAAAAAAAAAGUGUAAAAAUGCUGAAAACAGACUUGGUUCACAAAUGAUGAUGCACAUGAGGCAUGUGACUCAGUUAAACACCACACAAGCUUCCACUGAAGAGAUGGAAACAUCCCACCCCACAGCUCUUUGAAUUCAUCUUUAUCAUCUUGUUGUGUCCUCCCCACCAUCUGUUUAUCUCAGUGAACCCCUAAUGUUCACAAAACUGUGGGUGGUUGCAGCUUACUCCUCCAACAUCAGCUAAACUUAGACUGUUUUCACAACAUACAAGCCUGCAUAAUUUUCAUAAGGUAGAAAGUAGGAUUAAGAGCAUCACAUAAAGCAUUACCAUGCUUUAGAACAGCUAACCAGGAUGCUACAGAGUGCAUUGGAAUGUAGGAUUGGAGAGCAGCUUCAUAACCCUUGAAACUCAAAAAAAAUACACAAAAUGACAUCUGCAGUGUUCUCAGCUGUAAAAUUGGCACUGCUGUUACACUGUAAAGCAGGAUUUAUAUUUCUGCAUCAAAUCGACACCGUACCUACACUGUAGCCUGACAUGCAUCACGCCAGAAAUGUAAAGGCGGAUUUAUACUUGUGCAUCAGCUCUAUGCACAGCCUAUGCUGUUGUGAACAUUUAUACUUGUGCAAUGGUGUGUCAAUCUGCAGUUACAACUCCAAAACACUAGAUGGAGGUGGGGUUUUUGUGAAGUGCUGUUAAGUGCUGUUAACCUAAAACACACAGUAAAGGGAUAGUGCACCCAAAAAUGAAAAUUCAGCCAUUAUCUACUCACCCAUAUGCCGAUGGAGGCCCUGGUGAAGUUUUAGAGUCCUCACAUCCCUUGUGGAGAUCAGCGCAACCAAUCUAGCACACCUAAUGGCAGACGGCGCCCCCAGACUAACGUCCAAGAACACAGAACUCGCCAAUUCCCAGUAUGAGCAGCAAAGACUUUCCUCGUCCGUUGGCAUUGCUUUGCAUUUGAAACAACUACACCGCCAGGUUUCCAGUGCUCAACUCCGGUAUUCUGCAGCUGGCUGAGGGUUAGGCUCAUGAGCUGCGGCGGCUGCUUAGUCCAGUAGCCUGAGUUCUGUCCGUAUACUCGGGCUCAAACAAAUACGGCUCAACAAAGAAAUGCUGUUCCUCCUCAAUUUCAAAGUCUUCAGACAUGUUGGGCUGUCCUUUGCUAAAAGACCGUAGUGCAAAUUAUCUUUUAGCUCUGUGGUUACUGCUGUCUCCCCAUGCGGUGCACGUGUCACGUGAUGUAAACACGGGUGAGCAAAGGUCAUGCUUUCGCUGGUCGCUCGCAGGCGCGCACAUGUGAACGCGGAGCACAGAUAAGCAGUCAGAGCUACAGGCUACAGUGAGGCUAAAAACAGAGUUCAUAUAAUGUUUUUCGAAACAACUUUUUAUGUCGGGGCUGCAGCACAUUUGGAUCACUACGGAUGAGCAGUAUGGAGAUACUUUGUGGAUUCAAUUUUGUGUUCUUGGACGUUAGUCUGGGGCGCCGUCUGCCAUUAGGUGUGCUGGCCGCUGCCCCCGCCGACCUCCGCAAGGGAUGUGAGGACUCUAAAACUUCACCAGGGCCUCCAUCGGCAUAUGGGUAAGUAGAUAAUGGCUGAAUUUUCAUUUUUGGGUGCACUAUCCCUUUAAACAUACAUUAAACAUGGCUUAAUAGUGACCAUUUCAAACUCAAGCACACAAAUCAGCUUUAUUAUACAGAGCCUUCUCCAUAGCUGCCCCCUUCCUCUGGAACACUCUCUCCAAACACAUUCGAGACUGCGCUGACCUCUCCCACUUCAAAUCACUAACCAAAACACAUCUUUUCAAAAUGGCUUUUAAAAUGUGAAUGAUGUUUUGUGUAUUUUAUUGUAGUCUAUUUUAUGAUAGUUUUUAAUUAAAAGCACUCUCUAAAUAAAAUGUAUUAUGAACACAUUUUCCCCACAAAUACAACAUGCUAAUGUUAUUAGCACAAGCCUAUGGCAUUUUACAUUUUACAAUUAGGCUAGCAACUAGCGAAGAUUUCCUGAAGUCAGGGACAACACAUUUAACAAAGGUCACGUCACAAAAUUUGGCUUCAUUACAACUCACAAGGUUCACCAACAAAAUAUCUGUCUUGUAUUUGUGUCACGUUUUCCAAACAAAUAGAAUAUGCUAAUAUUAUUAGCACAAGCCUGUUGCAUUUUACAUUCUAUAAAUUAGCAGGUCAAGUUUGAUGAGAUGAUGGGGGUCAAGGGGAGGGAUAAAAAAAGGGUUGUUUGUCAGGGGAUGAACAGGACCCAAAAAGUUGGUCAGGUCAGGGUCGUGUAUGAUGGGAUGAUGGAGGUGGGGGUCAAAGCGGGGUCGAGUUUGUGGGGAUAGAUGGAGUAGUGGUGAAGCUGGAGUGUUUAUGAACCUGUGGGGGUCGAGACUCAAGGUGACGGACACUUCUCGAUAAGCUCUGUGCUGUGUAGUCCCCCAGGGUUCAUAUCCAGGAGCAUCUUGUUGUGAGGCAAUGGUGCUAGCGGCUGAGCCAUUUGUGGUCUGCUGAGAUGGAAGAGAGGAGAAGAACAAGGUUUGAGGUGGGAGGGUCAUGAGAACUGAGACAAACAGAGGGGAAAGGGUUAAGCCCUAGUCGGAUGGGAUUAGUUUUACAUAGGUACGUGGGGUAAAGUAAUAAUUACCAGAGAUUUUAGUCCCGUCCGAAUGUUCCAUGUCAGUAAUCAUUACCGCACAAUGUCAGUAAAGAUUACUGCGACUUUUACCUUCUGUAAAAGGGUCCCGGACAAUUACCUCAGGUACGCAGGGACACAGCGACGGAGGGAGAGGCGCAGACGGAGGAGCCGCUGUGCCAACACCACCCACUGUGCUGUCCGCGAUGUGUGACCUGUUCGGGGAGACAUACAGGGAGAGUGUUGCACUUGCUGCCUCCCUGCCUACCCUUUUUGAAGAAGAGAUGAAACGUUACCAGAAUGAGACACCACUACGAGCCGGCCAGGAUCCACUGUUGUGGUGGAAAACUACGCACUAAAGUAUCCAAACAUUGCUCAGAUAACAAGGCAGUCAUACCUGGUACUUCAGUGAGGUCAGAACAGGUGUUUUCAUCCGAGUGUCACAUUCAUAUUGCGCCAGCAAUAAGCAUCUUAUUUUUUGUU